AUGAAUGUUGAUGGUGUCUUCCCUUCUGCCUUUGACCAGAUAGAUAGACAAAGCAAAGACAUCUGCUCUGCUCAUAUUUUUACUUGGAAAGACAACAACGAAGAAGAAAAGAGAUCAGAUAUCAGAUAUCAGAUAUCAGAAGAGAUGGGUGCGAUUAAGGCAGCUGUUGGAGACACUGUGCUCACCUUCUUGUGGAUUUCCUGCGCAUCGACGCUUGGACUAGCCACCAGCUUCAUCGCAAAUGCCGUUGGGAUUCAGGACCUUCCAUGGCCGCCGCUCUUCAUCACCACCGCCCUUGUCUUCGUCCUUGUGUUUGUCUUCACCUUCCUCGGAGACGCCUUGGGUGGGGCCAGCUUCAACCCCACUGGCACUGCCUCCUUUUACGCCGCCGGCCUUGGCGCCGACACCCUCCUCUCCAUGGCCCUCCGCUUCCCUGCUCAGGCUUUGGGUGCUGUGGGUGGAGUACUAGCCAUUAACGAGGUCAUGCCACAGCAAUACAAGCACAUGCUUGGAGGGCCUUCAUUAAAAGUUGACGUGCAUACUGGAGCUAUCGCUGAGGGGGUAUUGACUUUCAUAAUCUCCUUUCUUGUCCUUGUAAUCAUACUCAAGGGUCCUCGUAGCCCAGUUUUGAAGAUGUUGCUACUUUCUGUGGUCACUGUCACAUUGGUUGUUUCCGGUUCUGUCUAUACCGGCCCUUCAAUGAAUCCAGCCAAUUUGUCAAUAUAUGAUUUAUGGGACACAUGGACAAAAUGGAAAUGGCAUCUUCCUGUCUGUCAAGCAGAGUAA